UGCGCCGGCCGAAGCCGGAAGCGGCGGCUGUCGGAGGAACCCGGUGAGCGAUCUGGUGCUGGCCGGCGGGGGCAUGGCUCCGGACUCGGUGCUGGGGCUGCGCAGCCGGUGGCCGUCGCGGUGGCUGCGGGCGCUGCUGCUGCUGCAGCUGCUGCGGUGGAGGUCCGCCCUGGGCGGGCUCCCUUUCGGCAGCAGUCGGCAGCCGGGCUUUGCGGACCUCCUGUCGGAGCAGCAGCUGCUGGAGGUGCAGGACUUGACCCUGUCUCUGCUGCAGGGCGGAGGUCUGGGGCCGCUGACGCUGCUACCCCCCGACCUGCCGGAUCUGGAGCCCGAGUGCCGGGAGAUGCUGAUGGACUUCGCCAAUAGCAGCGCCGAGCUGACCGGGUGUCUGGUGCGCAGCGCUCGGCCCGUGCGCCUCUGCCAGACCUGCUACCCGCUCUUCCAACAGGUCGCCAGCAAGAUGGACAACAUCAGCCGAACCUUUGGGGUGGGUAGAGAAGCAUCCCCGGCACCUGUGCCGAACAGCAAGUGUGAGAACUUGGUGCUGGGAGAGUUUGUUUAUGAAAGGCUAGAGCGGGUGAGCAAGGUGGCCUGUGACCCAAGUUUGCACUGGGCAGAGCUAGGGGCUGAGGGCUUAGCGGGAAAUGCCACGGAUUUUAGUCUGAAACCAGCAGGACCGUCCCUGGACUCGUCUUUGGAAAGAUCGUUUUGGCAACAUGGGCCUGGGAAGUGGGAGGAAGAGGAGGAUACGAGGGAGAUGAAUGAGACUGUGGUGAAAGAAAUGGUGGCGGCUAAGCCGCGGGUGCCACUGCGGGACGGAGAAAUAGCCUCAUCUCGCCGGGCCAGAGGGAAGAUCCUCAAAAGUCCACACACGUGCCAUCGCCCUCCAUCUUCCAGCGCCCACUCCCGGCCCCGUUUCAGCAGUCAUGCGGUGUCCAGUGUGCGCCUGCGCUACCAUGGGCGCACAUACAGUCUUCUCCCACCGAAGAAUUACUCCGAAGUGUGCAAGAACUGUAACGAUGCAUACAAAAUGCUGAGCGCCCUGUACAGUGAAAUGCAGAAAAUGAACGGGCUUGAGAGUAAGGCUGAGCCCGGGACGCACUUGUGCAUUGAUGUGGAAGACGCAAUGAACAUCACUCGGAAGCUGUGGAGUCGCACCUUCAACUGCUCGGUCACCUGCAGUGACACGGUGUCUGUGGUGGCUGUCUCUGUGUUCAUCCUCUUCCUGCCCGUCGUCUUCUACCUUAGUAGCUUUCUUCACUCUGAGCAAAAGAAACGCAAGCUCAUUCUCCCCAAACGUCUCAAGUCAAGUACCAGUUUUGCCAACAUUCAAGAAAAUGCCACCUGAAACCAGCAAAAUGGGGACUCGACCUCACAUCGCGUGAGUCAGGAAGAAGACGAACCAGGAUCUGACAAAUCACCUUCUUAUGAAAUGCCAGGGUUACAGAUUUAUAAUUUAUUCUGAAUGACAGUUUUCAGAUUUUCCUUUCCUGUAUUUUUAAUUUCCAAGCAUAGCAAUGUUACAUAUUUUCAGGUAUGUCAUAGAGUAACCAUUGAGGACUUUGUUUUUGCAAGCACACGACUACUUGACACUUCUGAUGUCUCCUCAUUGACACAAGUACACAAACACAAGCAUUUACACAGUAGGCGUGGAUCACUGAUCUCGAGAUAGAAAGAGACUUGCCAAAUGGGAACAGGCCCAAGGAGUAACUUAAAUGACUUUCCACUGCAGUAUUAUUGUUUAUGUACAUAUAUAAAUAUUUAAUAUAUCAUACAUUAAAAUAAUGUACUCUCUAGUUUCCCUUAAGUCAUUUUUGAAACCACUAAUUACAAGCCUCCUUAACAAUUUUCAGAAGCGAUGAGCCACAUUAUACAUUUAUCUUUGUUAAAAGAUUUAUGGUAAUGGGUUUUCUUACUUGACUUUUAUAAAUAGUAUUUUACAUCUUAUUUUUGCCUUUAUUUCCUAAGUAAUUUAAAAUCACUGGACUGCUUUAUUAGCCUCAGGACAAGAUGGAUUCAUUUUAUGCCGUGGAUUUGCAUUGUGAAUUUCACUAAAUUAUUUGGCAACCCACAACUUACUCUUUGAAUGAAAUGUAGCACAGGUGUGUCACACUGUGUUUAAAUUGUGGUUUUUAAUGAAAAUUUCAUCUUGGAAUAUUUGGAGAGCUGGGGAGAGAUGAAGGAGGAAUACAGGAGUUCAGGGAGUGGGCGGGGCCUGAGAGGAUGCUCACAGAGAAAGGCGCUGCCUGGUUUAUACUGGAGGUGAAUUGGAUGACAGUCUCACGCAGGAAGCGCUUCAGUUAAGGUGAUAUCCCUCCAAUUAUGUAAAGGAUGAAAGGAAUAUGACCGAAAAUGAAAUUACACCUUCUCCUGUCAGAAAGCAAGGUCUGCUUGGAAUAUUUUCAGCAACCUUUAAAACAAUGUUUCAUUUCAGGAUCAUUCAGUUUUAUUUCUCAGGAUAUAAGAGCUGAAGAUUUUGUUUGUUAAUUCUUUGUUUCUCGGUAGGAACAGGCUUUGUUUUAAAGGUUGUAAAUAAGGAGGCUCCUCUGUCUGACUGCUUAAGGAAAUGUGAGUCCUUCACAGACUGUAGUACGCUCCAGAAGGAGACAGGAGUUGUUUCAUGUUUUUAUAUUUUUUACCACACAUGCAGAAUGUGAGAGCAGGCUCACCCUUGGGUGUGUGACAAUCAGAUGACGCUGUCCCAGCUCUUCUGGGCUGCUGUGAUCCACUUAAAUGUGCUGACACUGUUCCUGCUGCUGUUACUAACUAAGGUCACGUGGUUGAGGGCCUUUGAAAGCAAUCUUCAUUAAUGCAGAUAGAACCAGUUUACAUGUGCAAACUUAGCAGAGUAACGUAUUUGAAUUGUGAGUAGUGAAUCCUUGAGCACCUUUCAAUACUGCUGUAUAAACCAUUGCUUCUGAAUAAAAAGCUAAUGAGCACUUUGACAAUUCAGCCUUUGCUGUUUUUCUCCUAAGGUCUCUGCUCUCUAGAAGUUGCAUCAGAAAUAGAUUUGAAAAAUAUAUGUUAAGAGCUCUACUGAAGUGCAGAAGAAUUUUGUAUUUGUGGUCAUGAAAAACGUACAUAGUUCUGAAUACUGAGCACAUAGGGUUAUGUGUAUGCACAAGAAAACCUUUUUUCUUAUGCUUUACAAUAAAGGAAAUAACAAGGAAA